CUAGCUGAUGUUCUUUGUAUUGAUUUUCUACCUGUUCGGUGUGACGCGUGCGGCAGAGAGUUUUGUGCUGAUCACUAUUUUUAUGAUGCGCAUCACUGCGAGGAUUCUGUUAUUCAAAGGAUUUGUUUGUCGCAGGACGUUCAAGUUCCAAUUUGUCCUCUGUGUGGCAAAGCUGUGCCUGUCGCGCGUGACGAACUUCCUGACGAACCUAUGAACCGCCAUAUUGAAACAGGUUCGCAGUCUAGUCGUGGUCAGAUCUACAAACAUAGAUGUGCAGUUAAAACGUGUAGAAGACGAGAGUUAGUACCUAUGAGGUGUGAAAAAUGCGGGCUUAACUUUUGUUUAAGCCAUCGUUUUCCGGCCGAUCAUGAUUGUGGUAACCAAACAUGUUCAUCAAAAAUUUCUUUAGCAGGGUAA